CUUUAAAUCAACAGGUCUCCUUUCAAGCUCCCUGAUGCGGUUCCGAGAGACAUUAUGUGAUGGGAAAAUGUUGUACAUAUAUUGUCCUGAAGGCACGCUAAUCAGCAUCCAGUUUUCUCAGUAUGGUUACAGUUUAUCAGAGCAUCACAUGUGUGGUACCAUGGACACGCCAUUCAAAGACCAUUCCCAAGGCGACGGUGAUCGGAACUGCUAUCUCUCGAAUACACUGGACGUUUUAUUGAAGAUGUGCCAAGAGAAACGGAGAUGUCAAUUAAGGGUGAAGGUAAAAACCUUCACCACUCUAUCAGAUCCUUGCCCAAACAGAACAAAAUUACUUGAAGUAGCUUACCAAUGCCGACCCACUGAAUUCCAUCGUAAUUUGGCCUGUGAAGAUGAACAGAUAACUCUGACAUGUCGACGUUCCAGUAGAAUUGUUGUUUAUUAUGCAAAGUUCCGGCAUUUUCCAUCAACUAAAACCAACUGUUCCAAACCAGAAUCUUAUUCCUUGCAUAAUUGCAAGACACCCCAUGCAGCAGAACAGGCCAUACAAGACUGUCAGGGACGGAAACAUUGUCCAAUUCAAGUGGACAGUAGUACUUUUGAGAAUUAUUGCCCCUCCACUUCUCAGAAAUAUUUAGAAAUUGUUUACUCCUGUGCACCGAAACGUAUUCUCAAGAACGAACUGAUUAGAAAGUUUACAGAAAGCCACAUUAACUCACAGACCUGGCAAUCCCAUCAUCACCCUCUUCACCAUCAUCACCCUCUUCACCAACAUCCCCACCAGCACCAGGAACCAGUUCACCUGGGAAUAAAAGACCAGUACGACAGCAGCAGCGGAGAAGGCAGCAGCAGCAGCAGAGACAGGGGUUCAGGGAGACAAUUCAACAGCAGCGGGACAUUGCACAAAAUGAAGGCAAUACUAACAACGAGACCUGUCCAUAACAAAUGGAGGACAUCGGCGCCAAUUUCAUCAACAGCAUCAUCAACAGCAGCAGCUACUACCACCACUACUACUACUACUACUACUACAACGACGACUACUGCUUCCACUAGUACCGCUACCACCACCACCACCACAUUUAGAACAAGCAUCAGGAAUAUUGCACCUGGGGUCCUUGGUAUUCCCACGCCAAGCACACCUGAAUCUAAAGCUGAAAUCGAUCAAGAGAAUUCGCUGGGCCAUGAUGGCUUGUCUCCGCAACACACAGACAAUGUUGGUUCUCCAGAGAGAGGAGUGAGAAGGAAGGGACCUGUGGCUGAAUCGUCAAGUGUGGCCCCCUUGGAGACCCAGUCCAACGUUGACCCUAAUGUGCAUUGCGUAAACACAACCCACUUUGUGAGUAAAGUGAAGAAGCAGCCUGCGAGCGUCCUCUCCGACUGGUUGGGUGUCUUCUAUAUAAUACAAAAAAACAAAGAGAAGGCUCUACUUUAUUUCCUUUUGGGCAUUUCCCUUGGAACAAUAUGCAUACUGCUUAUCGUUGUUGUAAAGCUGAUCUUCAUUAAUAAGAGAAAGCUGCAGGCAAAGUUGGACCUGACAGAACCAACUCAUAGCCAAAAUGCAACACCCAACAACCACGUACCAAAACAUUCGUCUCCCACUGCAUUACGGCGAGCAACUUCCGAUGAAUUUGUAGACUUUAUGGGGUACAGUCCCCGAUCAGGAACACUAAGAACAGAGAGUGGCAACAGAAGCUUAAAUUAUUUCUGAAAUAUACAUACAUACAUAUAUAUAUAUAUAUAUAUAUGUAUAUAAUAUAUAUAUAUAUUAAGGGAAACAAAAUAUCCGUAAAAUAUCAGCCAAAAACAAAAAACAAAAAAAAAUCCAUUUAUGAAUCCUUUGUCUGUCUUGUGCAUCACAUGCGAUACACUGGACAUAUUUCUCCAGUGUCCAUACAUCACAUAUGAUAAAUAUUCCCAGUUUUUCUUGACCGUAAGAGUACCUUGGGACUUAUGAAAGGAAAGCUUUCUAUAACUCGGAUCAUGAUUACAAGGGCUAACUGUAAGUCUUGAAAACAAGCAUGGACAUUUAGGAUAAACUUAUGACGAUGCUUUGGAUAGGUAAAUGGUUAAUUCUGUUACGUUUCUCCGAAAUAUUCUCGAAAUAUUUCUCUUAUUCAGAGGAAUGAUUGCCAGGUGACAGCAAAAACACCAACAACAACAACAGCAACAAAGAUAAAUGGAUUUUUCAUGAUUGGUGCCUCAUUAACAAAGAAGAUGAGAAAUCUUGAAAAAAAAAAAAAAGGGGGAAAUGAGAAUUUAUUUAUUUAUUAAAAUGUCACUAAUGCACUUAAGAAA